AUGGCAGCAACAGAGGAGGAGGCCGCCGCCGCCGCUGCUGCUCCUACUCAUACGGCGGACGAGCAGGUCUCAAAACCUGAGAUGAGCGUGACACCCGCGGCUCCGGCCAUCGAUGACUUGUUUGGAGGAGCUCAGGAUGAUGACGAUCCAUUUGCUCAACUUGGAGGGCAAGCGGAGACAAUAUCAGCUCCGGUCCUCCCUCCGGUCGAAGACGAGAAAGAAGCGAUGAGUGUAGAGCAAGAGAGAAAGACCUCUUCAAAGUCGGAGGCAGAUCCCGGGCCUUCCCUAGAGGAUCGUGAUUUUAGCGAUCUGCUCGCUGAAUUCGAGGCUGAACAGAAUGGGGGUUUGCCAGAGCAAGGUCAAGUAGCCGAGGGCGAGGGCAGGCAGGACGAAGUCGCGCAAGGAGUUUCAGAAGAGGGAGGCGCUGAAAAGUCCCUCCGUUCGGCUCAGCUCGAGCUACCGACUGACGGAUCUCACCAACCUAUCCUCACCGUAUCUGAACCUACACCAGUAUCGCCGAAUCCUCCUCCGGCACCCGUCAACGCGCCAGGUGGCUUAUUUGAUGAUGAGCAUGUGGAUCAGAGCAGUCCAUUCGAUGACUUCUUAGCUGGAUCGGCUGACGAUCAGACGUCUCCCUCGGCCAAUGGGCACAGCAAUACUGUCCACCAUGCUAUUCCAGGUUCAGGUUCGGAAGAUCCGGCAGCGAUUGAUCACGGAGACCGAUCGAUGAUGUCGACAAACAGUGAUUGGCUGGCAGAUACAUCGGUGGAGGAGUCGUUCCAGAGUCAGGAUCAAGCCCAGUCGAAUCGAAAUACGGGUGGACCGCGGACACCGAAACGACAACAGACUGAAAACGGGGACGAGCCAGUCUCUUUCGAGGUACCUCAAGGGUGGUUCGACGAUGAUGGGAAUUGGAAUUGGUACACGGAUGAGCAGCGAGAGCAAGUCAGGCAGACAAUGCUCGGUGGUGCGGGCUGGGCAGGAGAGGAAGAAAGGAGAAACAGUAGUUUUGCAGCAGCUGAUCGACUACCGUCUCUGCCUGGGACCCCUGCACUGCAUGCUGUCUCUGAGAACGCCGCUCGACGCACGCCGAUGAAAGAGGUGGAUCCGUACGCUCAGUCUCCUGUGGAACCCACGAAUCCUUAUGCUCCGAAUCCUCAACCCACAUCUGCUGCCUCCUCUUAUGGCUCGUACCCGCCCUCAAGUCAAUCUACAUACAGUAGUCAGGCAGCUCCAUAUGCUCCCUCGCAUUCGACGUCCUUUUCACAUCCCUCACAGCCCGCGUCCUAUGGCCAGGGUCAGACCGCUCCAUAUGGCCAUGGUUCUCAACCUUCUGCUUACGCACCCCUGACUUCACCUACAUCCCUGUACACUCCAGCUGCGCCUGCCAUUUCCCCUUACGCUCCAAGCACAUCGCAGCAGCCGGCUCCAUACGCACCCGCCUCGUCUAGUAAUCCUUAUGCGCCUCCUGCUCAGCCCUACGGCGGCGGUCAAAAUUAUGGAGCCCCUCAGCAGACCUACGGAUCUAUCUCAAAUUCAAUGUCCAUGUCCUCGUUUGUCCCGCCUCCAGCUGCGCCCAAGCCGCCACCUGUAGCACCUCAGCGAAUGCCAUCGACAGCUUAUGAUCCACCGAUGUUGAAGUCUCAGAAAAAGGUCACCAGGUCGACGUCGGCUGCAUCUGUCACUUCAGGUUUCAAUACUCCCCCUGCGCCUCCUCAGCAGUCUUUCACGUCCCCUCCCAACGCGCCCAGUGCUCCCCCACCGGGACCACCGCGCCGGCCCAAGACUCCCGCUGCAGAACCGCCGAACCUGCCAACCAUUCCUGACGAACCGAUGCCCGUGAAUCAGUUCGCCCCUCCGCCUCCUGUGAAAGAAUCGGCUCACUCUGAUGCCUAUGCUCCUGAGGCAAAGCCUGCUGCCUUGGCCCCCCCACAGAGACCAGCUUCCUCGGCACAGUCCCAACUACCAAGAACACCGUCAUACGCAGCGUUUGAUCCCCCUAUGCGGCCGGCCAGCACAUCUCGCAAUAGGGAGCCGAGCCGUAGAUCGAUUCCGUCCUUUGCAGAACCACCUCCACUACCCCCGCCACCAGCCCGACAAGAGCCUCCAUCCCGAGUGCCUUCGCAAACGACCAGAAUGCUAUCUCCUCCACCUAUGGAAACGCCGCCACCGCGAACAUUGUCACCACAAAUCGUGCCUCCUCCUGUCACUCACGAUCAGUCUGCUGUCGGUCCCCCGACUGGGCCUCCUCGGACUGCGAGUCGCGCUUCGCAACGUAAAUCCCCCUUGUUUCAAGCUCGUCCAACGUUUGAAUCACGACCUCCUUCGCGCAUAAGCAGCGGUCAAGCGCCUCCCAGGUUCACGCCGUCCCCGAUAUCCUUCCCCUCGAACGGCUCGACUCACCAGACAGAUAAUAGAUCGAUAGGGCAGCAAUCGGUGGACGGCUCUGCUCCGGACACCAACACUGUGCUGACAGAUGAUGAAUCUCGGAAUGCUCCCAGAAUCGAUUCGUACGAAGGGGGCGAUAAUGACCGGGCUGCUGACCAGGAGCAACGAGAAUCGACCCAUCAGCCUUACGCUGCGUCCGGAUACGCUCCCUGGGCUCAUAGCGAUCACGAUGACCAGCGCCCGCAGGCUCCUCUCAGGAACCCAGAGAUAUAUGGCGGAGAGUCGGAGAUGCCAAAUCAGAACUCGUACGCGCCUUAUGCUCAAAAAGAUGAUCAAUUGACGGAUCCGUACGCGCCGACAUCCUCCAAUCCCUUGGCCAAUGUGGGACGCAUGAGUACUCAACAGCCAUCGCCUAUCGACCACCCUGCACCAUACCAAACUCGACAGACAGAUGAAACUCCAUAUGGCGCGCAGUCCACCACAAAUCCAUACGAGAGUUCCGGCCCGCAGCUGUCGCAGGCAUCGACUACGUCUUAUAAUCCUUAUGCUCCCGCCCCUCCAACAGUGUCUGACAAGCGUACCCCUCAGAUUUCGCCCGAGGGACGACAACACCCACUGCCGCCUAUCAGUCAGGCAUAUGAUCCGUACGCCCCGACUUCACAACCUGCACAGGAUCACUCCUCGGGAUACGGUCAACCGAGCGAGUCUUAUGCACCAUCGUCGUGCGCCCCAGCAUCGUAUCAACCUCAGUCUUCAGACGGUCCCUACGGUGCUCAGCAAACUGCACAAGAGCGUACCUCGGGCUAUGCUUCUUCACAUGAUCCUUAUGCGCCAUCUUCUUACGCUCCUGUCUCAUAUCAACCGCAUUCCACAGAUGACCUUGGUACGAAUGCGCGGAAUAACGUUGGCAUAUCACCGCCUUCAGGCAAUGGGUUCAUGCCUCUGCCUCCCAUGCAGGACCAUACAUAUACACCGUUACAGGUGCUGGAACAACGUCCAGUGAGCGAAGACCCUUUGGGCAGGGUCACACUAAACGCUCGAAAUACACCUAUCGCCGUCUUUGGAUUUGGAGGCAUGCUCAUCACCGCCUUUCCAGGCAAGGCGGAGGAUACUGUCGAGGGAGAUGGUGACGGUAGGACUCCAGCAUAUGGGUAUGCCUCAGGUAGAGGCAGGAUCUGGAUUAGAUCUCUGGACGACAUCAGCUCUUCGGGGGCUCUGCGUACUUCUGACAUGGUCUUUCCGGGUCCCCUCAUCCUCGAUUCCGCGACGCCAAAAGGUGCAGCAGGGGACAAGAAAAAGCGGGAGGCUGUUCUCAGUUAUUUGGAUGCUAGGGCGACAGAAAUCGAGCAAGGUCUCCCUUAUCUGAAGACUUCGGCCAACCAGUCCAGACGAGAAGAAGAGGGCAAACUUGUACUGGUCAGGCUUCUGAUAGCCAUGAUCAAGGGCAACGGAAAAGUAUCGGGAAGCCCGGAGGUCGAGGACGCUGUACGCACAGCACUGGCUGGAUCACCAGAAGCGGGUAAUGCUCCGACGGUGACGACGCCAGCGGCCGCAUCAGCCAUGUCUCCGGUUAAAGGCGGCGGCCUAGCUGCGAGCUAUUUCCCAGGUCAAACGUCCGAAUCGACAAAAGCUUCGGCCAAUCAGUUGUCUCAGCUGUCGACAAUGCUUCAACGGGGCGAGAAGAAAGAGGCGGCCCACUUCGCUAUGCAAGGUGAACUUUGGGCUCACGCAAUCCUUAUCUCCAGCAGCGUGGACGCCGAAAAAUGGAAAGAAGUUGUACUGGCCUUUGUGCAUGCGGAGCUGGGAGCGGGCAUGCUGGGAAAUGCAGCCAUGAGGACGGCUUAUACUUUGUUCUCGGGUCUCAGUCCUGCUUCAGUCGAAGAUAUCGUCAGGACGGCGAAUAUCACUGCGGACGCAUCCGCGGAUCAGUGGCGCCAAGUCUUGAGCGCUUUAGUAUUCAACUGCAAGCCAACAGACCUCGCUUGCAUCGACGAUCUGGCAGCGAAACUCAAUGCCACUGGCUUAGUCAAUGCUGCUCAUGCUUGCCAUUUGCUAUCGCCCAGUUCGACAUUUUCAGAUAACACCCCAUCAGCCUUUGAACGCUUGAUAGGACUUACCCAGAAUCCUAGAGACGAGGACGCUUUGGUCUUUGCGGAAGUGGGCGAAUACGCCAGGAGUCUUAUACCAGUUCCCAAAGGUCAGGAGCAACCUGUACCCGGCUUGCCCCAGUUGUUACCGUAUAAGCUGCAGCGAGCGUGGAGGUUGGCUGAAUUGGGCGAGGUUGAUCAGGCGAAGAGGUAUUGUACGGCCAUUGAAACUGCUUCGAAAUCUGUCAAGAACGGUCCUUCUCUCCUUCCCUUUGCUCUGCUGUCCAGUGUGGAGGAUCUCGUCGAGCGCCUGACGGGCACGCCUUCUGCCAAUCCUGCGAACCUUUUGAUGCCCAACAAGAAGAGCAAGACUGGAGUCGACAAAUUCGGGUCGUGGAUCGAAGGCCGUCUGACCAAGUUUAUCGCUGGAGAGGAUGACAAUACACCCGCAUCAGAGACCAAAACACUGCCUGCAAAAGCCAAACUCACUCCAAAAGACGCUCAUGGGUCUACGAUCGGACCUUUCUCACACUUCUCGACCAUUUCGCCUGCGCCUUCAGGUCCAGUCACAAGAGCAACUUCCACAGUCGAUUUCCACUCUUCGUUGAACGGACAGCUUGGGGUCUCAGCCGAGUCUGAGCGAAAUACGCCAGCGACACUCCAAGGAUCAUGGGGCCAGCCUCUGGAGCCUCCUUCCGACACAUCCUCCUAUAGUGCGUAUGAACCUCAUACGACAGGAUCCUCGUAUAGUUCCUGGAACGACCAGCCCUCAAAUCAGUAUCAGCCGGCAGGCCCCACAGCACAAGAAGAUCAGGACGAUGAUCUUGCCGGGCAAAUGUCAUAUAUGAAUCUGGGGCCUUCGCCUGAAGCUGCGAGGGUCAAUUAUACGCCUCGGCCUGUGAAUCUGAACGCUGCAGAUGGAGAUGAUGACGACGAUCUCGGAUUCGGUAAUUCUGCCUUGUCUCGUUCGAGGACACCUCGGCCGAAGGAGGCAAUGUCGCAAGAUCAAGCGUCAGCCAGUAAGGCAGGACAGACCAAGGAGGCGAAGGCAGAGCCUACAGAUACCCAGCCACCCCCACUGAAGUCCGACCAAAAGUCAUGGAUCGGACGUUGGUGGACAAAGAAAGAAGGCGAGGGAUCUGGACCUGUGCGGGCCAAGUUGGGCGAAGAGAGCUCCAUGGUCUUUGACAAGGAUCUGAAGCGAUGGGUUGUCAAAGGGCAAAAACCCGACGCUGCGCCGCCCCCGCCUGCGCCUCCGCCUAGAGCUCAGACUACAUCGCCAGCAUCGAGCGGCAUGUCGAAACCGAACAUGCCCCGUGCAUCUACCGUCGCGCCACCUAUGGGGCUAUCGAUGACGCCUGCAUCCUCUACGCCACCUCAGAGUCGAUCCUUGCCUAGAUCGACGACAGCGCCUUCAGGUCUACGUCAAGGACCACCACCAACGAAUGAUCUCAACGGCCCUGGAACAGCAUCGGCCUCCUCCCUGAAUAGUGAUGGUCGCCCGCCACCUGCCGGUCUUCCAUCAGUAUCGACAUCCAGCCAGAGCAGCGGGUCCAGUAUGGCCCCGCCUCCGCCAGCUGGGCUACCGCGCUCGACGACUGGCGCAUCGCUGGACGAUCUCUUGUCAAGACCACCGUCAAAGCGGCCUUCGGCGGGUGGCAGGAAACCAAUGAAGAGUCGGUAUGUGGAUGUCUUCCAACCAGGGCAGGAAUAG